AUGGCUGCAGUGAAGACAUUUGUGUGCCGGUCGCUGGACGACGAGUCUCUUCGUAACAUGCUUGGCGAACUCGAAACACCUUUCAAAGGUGUUCUCGAUUUGCGUUUUCAGAAGCUGGGCUUGGAUGCUAUCGAUACUGUAGUUGAGUUUUUAAGGAGGAAUUCAGACGCAAUAGUCUGCGUAGGGCAAAACAAUUUUUAUUUCCCACAGCUGUGUAAGAAGCUGAAACACGACGGUGGCCUGGAACUCUUGGAAAAUAGAAGACUGACUUUCGGUUGGAGUGAGCCAGAAAUGACCUGCGACUACAUGUUCUUGGAGGCUUUCAAGAAUGACCGAACCCUCAAACUGGAGGAAGCUUUACAGGCGCUUUCUGCUCUCAUGGUCCAAGAGAAUGAGAAGAGAUUGGAGAUUUUGAAGCAACAGGAAGCAGCUGCCAAAAAGCGGGCUGAGGAAGAACUCAAGUACCAAAGACGCUUGCUCGCAUUUGAAGGAUUCAACAAAACUGUAAACAACUUGAUUGAAUACUGCGUUAUGGACACCGUGGAUGACAUCAUGCGGGAUGUCAAGGGCUACGAGCUGUUGUCACGAGAGCACAACCGGAAAAUCUGGUCAAAUGCUGGCGAGGAGAUAGCGGAGGUGGAUGGCUUGCUGUGGUAUGAGCCACCGGCCACUUCAGCGGGGAAGAACGUCUUGGUCAUUGUGGAGGGCAAGUCGAACAUGACCGAUGACGAGUUCGCCAAGGUCCCCAAGACUGUGUCUCGAUUCGUGGAAGCCAUCAGUCAGGCAGACGACGUGGACAACAUCACCAACAAGGCGUUCCACAUCAAGUUCCGGCGACAAUGUGGAGACCUCAAAGCAUUUUCUGGCGUCGAGGUAUAUGUUGCCGUUGGGGCUCCAGUUAUGCGAUCCGACAUCAUCCAGGCAGCCAGGGAGAAGGGCUACCUAAUUAUUACACGCAAUGAGGGUGGCUAUAGUGCUCUGAACGGGGACACAUGGCUGAAAGGCUGAAGUAUCAGGGUGGGGCGUCCAUCGUUACCCGAGCUUUGAUGCCCUCGGAAAACAAGACGGUUGACAUGUUCU